AAAAGCUAUAUAAGCCUGCUAGCAACGCCCCUCUUGUUGUUAUUGUGUUCAAACGUUGGGAUGGCUGCUGAAAUUUUUUUCCUGUCUCUACUCUUAGCGUCGGGCCAAGUGUCCAGCCAACUGACCCAUGACUGUCAGUACGAGGAGGGCAGUGAGCCCAACACUGAAGACCAGUCAUGCGAGACAUUCUGGGAGUGCGGCGACUACGAGGGCACCCUGCGACGUUGCCCUAGCAACACACAGUUCGACUUUAUCCGGACGGAGUGCCGGCCCAACCGGGAGAUCUGGUGUCACUGGCAGUUCCAGAGGGCGCAGGAGAGGGGCUGGCAGCGGCAGGAGUUCAGACCCCAGAUUCAGAGCAACAUCCCCAUCCACAAACACUGGCUGCAGGAACGUGUCAACCGAGAAUUCCAGGACGCCAUCACCUACACGGGGGAAAGACCGGUGUCCAGUUUUACUCACACGCACGACGGCAGCACGCACGUGCAUUACCUGGACGCCAACGGCAACUUCAUCGACACCACCGACCACUUCCACCGGCUCAGGAAACCCAGGGACACUGAGCACGUUCUGCUCGCCCAGAACCAGGGUCUGAACCUCAGUCCUGAUUCUCUCAUCCAGACUUUCAUGGAGCUGCUCAACGACGACGACCCGUCCAACUUUCACGAACGUGAGUACAACAGUCGUAGCCGGAAGCUUGGCAUAGACUAUGACGUCAUGAGCCUGAAACAGAAGGACGACCGGAUGGGUGUGUCUCAAAGUAAGAAUCGGGCGGAGAACGACGGGAAAGAUGAAGAGGAGACAGAGGAAGAAGAUUCCAGAAAGUUCGGGCACAGGUGCCGUGUCAAGCGGGGUCGGGAGAUGAACGCCAGGGAUCCGCUGUGUAGGAGGUUCUGGGAGUGUGAGCACAACAUGGGCGUGGAGAUGGAGUGUGACGAGGGCUACCUUUUCGACGUGUCGGCCCAAGAGUGUCUCCCCCAGGCCCGGGUCAACUGCCUACGUCAGCACCACAGAGUCAAGGUCACGGAGCCAAAGUCUAGCAGCGAGAAGAAAGACCAGGGUCUGACCGUUGUUCAUCAUUUCUACCACGGCGGGGCUAAGCCUGGCCCGGACGUCCAGCCCGGCGCUAUCUUUGAUGUCAACGGCGUCCUGUUACGUAAACCUGGUCCUCACGAGAUGGUCAACUUAGAGGACAUCAUCAUGUCCUCACGACGUCCUGGUAGCAUACACAGCCAGGACAUGGUCCUAUCACCAGCCUCAGCCCAGACGAGAUUCGAUCCCGCCAAAUCCCUUAGCUCCACGCACAAUGCUCUACAUCAGGGGAAAACCACUGACACCAUUCGACAGGGGAAAACCACUGACACCAUUCGAAAACGGUCGCUGGCUACCAAACCAACAGCAACAAAGACACCGGACGUUAUCCCUAAACCGAGCAUUGGGAACUCCACAAUUACUCCAGAAUCAAGCCAGAGAACUGAUGGAUUCUUCACGAUCACAACACAAGGGGGCGUAAUUCCAUUGAACACUGAGCAAAACCAGAACCCAUCUCUUGGGGAACUUCUACAGCCUGGACGUGACCUGAAUAACCAGUGA